CUCGCGGGAAUUUUCUCUAGAUGCCAAGUUUCUUUUCUCUCUUGCCCCUUCAGUGGAAGGCUGAUGAAACUUUCAGGAUUUAGCCAGGUUGAGCCGCGGACAGUUUCUCACAUGAUAUAAUUUAUCCAAAACUCAAAUUUCUGCAACAAGCAGAAAUAAAAAGAUACCCGGAAAACACCAUGACUGAAACUCUCGCAUUGUUCCGUUGAUUCUCGCGAGAAACAAUCUGAAUCUUGGUUCUCGCGGUACUCAUCACGAGGAAGAGUAACUAAUUGGAUUGUUCAUUCCGAGCGUGGAACUCCGGCGCGUGACUACAAUGGCCCUUCCAAUAUUCUGCCUGUGGAAAAAAGCUCCCCGGAGAUGAACGCCAUUGCAGGGGCUCGCGCCGUUCUCUUCUGGUUUGUUCUUCUCGCGGGAAGUGGCUGCCUGAGACAACGUCUCGCGAGAUUUUCGUUUCCUCAUGACUUGCCUCCUUCCCUCCCAGCUCCUCCACUUCUCGUCUGAUCUUCCCUCAAUUAUCGCGUCUCUUCUUCGCUCCCCUACCAGGUGGUAUCUGUGCAAGCCGGACUGGAGGGGCGCGUGGGGCCCGCCAAGACGGGGGACCACUUGAAGCUGUAGCCGAAGGGAAGAGGGAAGCGGGGCCUUGAAUAAUCUGACAUAAGUGGAUUAGACUGACUGAGAAACCAAGAAGUAUUACCUUGGUCUGGCUACGGUAAGGCAAAGGUGGCAGAGAAGUGACUUGAAUAUCAGAACAGGCCAAGUAUGGAUUGGCUGUGAUUCCAGGAUCGGAAAGUGGAAAACUAAUAAAAAUGAAAGUAGACCGAACUAAGCUGAAGAAAACGCCCACCGAGGCUCCUGCAGACUGCAGAGCCUUGAUAGACAAACUCAAGAUUUGCAAUGAUGAACAGCUGUUGCUGGAACUCCAACAGAUCAAAACAUGGAAUAUUGGGAAGUGUGAACUUUACCACUGGGUGGACCUUCUCGACAGAUUUGAUGGCAUCCUGGCUGAUGCUGGACAGACUGUGGAGAACAUGUCAUGGAUGCUAGUGUGUGAUCGGCCAGAGAGAGAACAGCUGAAGGCCCUGCUGCUGUCAGUGCUGAACUUCACUGCUCUGCUCAUAGAAUACAGCUUUUCUCGUCAUCUGUACAGCUCUAUUGAGCACCUAACAACGCUGUUGGCAUCCUCUGACAUGCAAGUGGUUCUUGCUGUGCUAAACUUACUAUAUGUGUUUAGCAAACGCUCCAAUUACAUCACACGUCUGGGCUCUGACAAGAGGAUGCCUCUUCUGUCUCGGCUGCAGCAUUUGGCAGAGAGUUGGGGUGGCAAGGAGAAUGGCUUUGGCCUUGCAGAAUGUUGUAGAGAUUUGCACAUGCUGAAAUACCCUCCCAGUGCAACUACACUACACUUUGAAUUCUAUGCAGAGCCAGGGGCCGAAGUCAAAGUGGACAAAAGGACUACCAGCAACACACUACAUUAUAUCCACAUAGAACAACUUGAUAAGAUUUCAGAAAGUCCCUCUGAAAUUAUGGAAUCCCUCACCAAAAUGUACAGUAUCCCAAAGGAUAAACAGAUGCUGCUGUUUACACACAUUCGCUUGGCCCACGGCUUUUCCAAUCAUAAAAAGCGGUUGCAAGCUGUCCAAGCCAGACUGCAUGCCAUUUCUAUAUUAGUAUACUCAAAUGCUUUGCAGGAAUCCGCCAAUAGCAUACUAUACAAUGGGUUGAUAGAAGAGUUAGUGGAUGUGCUGCAAAUUACAGAUAAACAAUUAAUGGAUAUUAAAGCUGCCUCACUGAGGACAUUAACUUCCAUUGUGCACUUGGAACGGACUCCAAAACUCAGCAGUAUUAUUGACUGCACUGGAACAGCUUCCUACCAUGGAUUUUUACCAGUACUAGUCCGGAACUGUAUACAGGCCAUGAUUGAUCCCUCUAUGGAGCCGUAUCCCCACCAGUUUGCCACAGCACUCUUCUCAUUCUUAUAUCACUUGGCGAGCUAUGAUGCAGGAGGGGAAGCUCUUGUCUCGUGUGGCAUGAUGGAAGCCUUACUGAAGGUGAUCAAGUUCUUGGGGGAUGAACAGGACCAGAUCACUUUUGUGACCAGAGCAGUCCGUGUUGUGGAUUUAAUCACAAACCUAGACAUGGCAGCCUUCCAGUCUCACAGUGGCCUCUCUAUCUUCAUCUACCGACUAGAGCAUGAAGCAGACCUAUGUCGGAGGGAAUGUCCUUUUGUAAUAAAACCAAAGAUCCAGAGACCUGCUGUUUCCACUGUUACACAGGAGGGUGAAGAGAUGGAGACAGAUGUAGAAGUUUCUGAUGUAGCCAUGGAAAGUAGCCCUGGGCCUUCCACCUCUGGAGAGAAUCGGCAGGAAGUUGUGGUUGAAACACGAGCUUCAAAUGCCACCACUCCAAGUAGCAGCAGUAGCAGCAGCAGCAACAGCAGCAGCAGCAACACAAACACCAUAAUUUCACCCCGAAGUGGAGUCCAGUGCAUCCCUCAACGAGCAGCACUUCUGAAGUCUAUGUUGAACUUCCUAAAAAAGGCCAUCCAAGACCCAGCUUUCUCAGAUGGCAUACGUCAUGUGAUGGAUGGCUCUUUGCCUACCUCUCUGAAACAUAUUAUCAGCAAUGCAGAAUAUUAUGGACCCUCACUCUUUUUACUCGCCACUGAGGUGGUAACAGUCUUUGUAUUCCAAGAGCCUUCGCUGCUGUCCUCCCUACAGGACAAUGGCCUAACAGACGUCAUGCUGCAUGCUCUCCUUAUUAAAGAUGUCCCUGCCACUAGGGAAGUUCUGGGUUCUCUCCCCAAUGUCUUCAGUGCUCUGUGCCUGAAUGCCCGGGGACUUCAAUCCUUUGUUCAGUGUCAACCUUUUGAGCGUCUCUUCAAGGUCUUGCUCUCUCCAGACUAUCUCCCUGCAAUGAGGAGGCGGCGUAGUUCAGAUCCACUUGGAGAUACUGCUUCCAAUCUUGGAAGUGCUGUUGAUGAGCUUAUGAGACAUCAGCCCACACUCAAGACAGAUGCUACCACAGCCAUAAUUAAGUUGCUGGAAGAGAUUUGUAAUCUGGGCCGAGAUCCCAAGUAUAUUUGCCAAAAGCCCUCAAUUCAGAAGGCUGAUGGAACAACUACUGCUCCUCCGCCUCGUUCUACUCAUGCUGCUGAGGAGGCUUCCAGUGAGGAUGAAGAAGAGGAAGAAGUACAAGCCAUGCAAAGCUUCAAUGCCACACAGCAGAGUGAGGCAGAAUCUAGUCAACAGGUCGUUGGGACAGAAGAACGGAUACCAAUUCCUCUCAUGGAUUACAUCCUUAAUGUGAUGAAAUUUGUGGAGUCGAUCCUCAGCAAUAAUACUACAGAUGACCAUUGCCAGGAAUUUGUGAAUCAGAAGGGUCUGCUGCCCCUUGUGACCAUCUUGGGCCUGCCCAACUUGCCCAUAGACUUCCCCACUUCAGCAGCCUGCCAAGCUGUGGCUGGAGUCUGCAAAUCCAUAUUGGUAAGGAGGAGAAUACAACAUUUCCCUUUCCAGAAGACACUGUCUCAUGAGCCAAAAGUGCUGCAAGAAGGGUUGCUUCAACUGGAUUCCAUCCUCUCUUCCUUGGAGCCUUUGCACCGGCCCAUCGAGGAACCUGGUGGUUCAGUCCUGCUGCGGGAAUUGGCAUGUGCUGGCAAUGUAGCUGAUGCUACUCUCUCUGCCCAGGCCACACCCUUACUCCAUGCCCUGACAGCAGCCCAUGCUUACAUCAUGAUGUUUGUGCACACUUGCCGUGUAGGACAAAGUGAAAUUAGAGCCAUCUCAGUAAACCAGUGGGGUUCACAGUUGGGUCUGAGUGUGCUGAGCAAGCUGAGCCAGCUGUACUGUUCACUGGUAUGGGAAAGCACUGUGCUGCUGUCGUUAUGCACGCCAAACAGUUUACCUUCAGGUUGUGAAUUUGGCCAGGCUGACAUGCAGAAAUUGGUGCCAAAGGAAGAGAAAACUGUACCAAGUGCUACCCAGGGAGCCAAAAAAGCUGAUGGUGAACCAGAAGCAGUAGGAGCUGGAACCAUGGAGGCUUCUGCCCAAGGGCUGCUAGAAGGAAUUGGCCUAGAUGGUGACACCCUGGCACCAAUGGAAACUGAUGAGCCUAGUUCUUCUGAUCCAAAGGGGAAGUCAAAAAUAACCCCAGCCAUGGCAGCUCGAAUCAAGCAGAUCAAGCCCCUUCUAUCAGCAUCUUCUAGGUUAGGACGUGCUUUGGCAGAAUUAUUUGGGUUGCUGGUCAAACUGUGUGUUGGUUCCCCGGUAAGACAACGUAGGAGCCAUCAUGCUGCUAGCACCACUACUGCUCCCACUCCUGCUGCUCGCUCAACAGCUUCAGCACUCACCAAACUACUCACCAAGGGGCUUUCCUGGCAACCCCCACCAUAUACACCUACCCCUCGCUUCCGUUUGACUUUUUUCAUCUGUUCUGUCGGUUUCACCUCACCAAUGCUGUUUGAUGAGAGAAAAUAUCCCUACCACCUAAUGCUGCAAAAAUUCUUAUGCUCUGGAGGCCAUAAUGCUCUUUUUGAGACUUUCAACUGGGCCCUUUCUAUGGGAGGUAAAGUUCCAGUUGCUGAAGGAUUGGAACACCCAGAUUUGCCUGAUGGCACAGGCGAGUUUCUGGAUGCCUGGCUCAUGUUGGUGGAGAAAAUGGUGAAUCCUACCACAGUGCUGGAAUCUCCCCAUUCCUUGCCUGUGAAGCUCCCAGGUGGGCAGAACUACCUGCAAUUCAGUGCUUUGCGUUUCCUUGUGGUAACACAGAAGGCAGCCUUCACUUGCAUCAAAAACCUAUGGAACCGUAAGCCAUUGAAAGUAUAUGGAGGACGCAUGGCAGAGUCCAUGUUGGCUAUCUUGUGUCACAUCCUGCGUGGAGAACCAGUUAUCCGUGAGCGUCUUGGCAAGGAGAAAGAGGGAGCACGCAGUGAGGAAGAGGCGGGGCAAGAAGAGGGUGGUGCCCGAAGGGAGCCACAAGUGAACCAGCAGCAGCUUCAGCAGCUGAUGGACAUGGGCUUUACACGAGAGCAUGCUAUGGAAGCUCUGUUGAACACCAGUACCAUGGAACAAGCCACAGAGUAUCUUCUGACACAUCCUCCACCCCUUAUGGGUGGGGUUGUAAGGGAUCUCAGCAUGUCUGAAGAAGAUCAGAUGAUGAGGGCCAUUGCUAUGUCCCUGGGACAAGACAUCCCCAUGGACCAAAGGGCUGAAUCCCCAGAGGAAGCUGCUUGUCGGAAAGAAGAAGAAGAACGGAAAGCUCGAGAGAAACAGGAGGAAGAAGAAGCCAAGUGUCUGGAGAAGUUCCAGGAUGCAGAACCUCUUGAGCAAGAAGAGUUGCACAAUUUCACUGACACUAUGCUACCUGGCUGCUUUCACCUGCUGGAUGAGCUCCCAGAUACAGUUUAUCGUGUCUGUGACCUCAUUAUGACUGCCAUCAAACGUAAUGGAGCUGAUUAUAGAGAUAUGAUCCUCAAACAAGUUGUGAAUCAGGUGUGGGAAGCUGCUGAUGUGCUCAUCAAGGCAGCUCUGCCCCUCACUACAAGUGAUACAAAGACUGUCUCUGAAUGGAUUAGCCAGAUGGCUACCCUACCUCAGGCCUCCAAUCUGGCCACGCGUAUCCUGCUAUUAACUUUACUAUUCGAGGAGUUGAAGUUGCCAUGUGCUCGUGUUGUAGAAUCAAGUGGUAUUCUCAAUGUUUUGAUAAAACUGUUGGAAGUGGUACAACCUUGCUUACAAGCUGCCAAGGAACAGAAGGAAGUGCAGACACCAAAGUGGAUCACCCCAGUAUUGCUGUUAAUUGACUUCUAUGAGAAAACAGCUAUCUCCUCCAAGAGAAGAGCCCAAAUGAACAAGUACCUUCAGGCUAAUGGCAACAAUUGGCGAUGGUUUGAUGAUCGUUCGGGCCGAUGGUGUAGCUAUAGCGCAAGUAAUAAUAGCACUAUUGACACAGCUUGGAAAGCGGGAGAGACUAGUGUUCGUUUCACUGCUGGGCGGCGGCGCUACACAGUGCAGUUCACCACAAUGGUGCAGGUGAAUGAAGAAACUGGAAACAGGAGGCCAGUAAUGCUGACCUUGCUCAGAGUUCCCCGACUUAGCAAGACUGUGAAAGAAAGUAACGGACAAGAACUGGAGAGAACUUUGGAGGAAGGGAAAGAAAUGGAAAGCAAGGUUAAGGAGGAGAAGGCAAACGAUAGCCCUGUGCCUACUGAUAGCCUAGCCCUGGAGAAAGAAGCACCACCAGAAGAGGUGAAACCCUCAGAGAUCCUAAUCCAAGGCCUGACAGAGGAGAUGGUGACAGUCUUGAUCCGGGCCUGUGUGAGCAUGUUGGGUGUGCCUGUGGAGCCAGACACUCUGCACGCCACCCUGCGCCUCUGUCUGCGUCUCACCCGCCACCACAAAUAUGCCAUGAUGUUUGCUGAACUCAAGAGCACACGCAUGAUCCUGGGCUUGACACAGAGCUCUGGUUUCAACGGCUUCACCCCUCUGGUCACCCUGCUUUUCCGACACAUCAUAGAGGAUCCCUGCACACUGCAUCACACUAUGGAAAAGGUGGUGCGCUCAGCAGCCACUAGUGGAGCAGGCAGCACCACUUCAGGUGUUGUGUCAGGCAGCUUGGGCUCCCGAGAAAUCAACUAUAUCUUGCGAGUGCUGGGCCCAGCCGCUUGCCGAAAUCCUGAGAUCUUCACUGAGGUAGCCAACGGUUGUAUUCGUAUUGCCUUGCCCGCUCCCCGUGGCUCCGGAACUGCCUCUGACGACGAGUUCGAGAACUUGCGGAUUAAGGGCCCCAAUGCUGUGCAGCUAGUGAAAACUACUCCAGUUAAACCUUCACCACUACCUGUCAUACCUGAUACGAUCAAGGAGGUGAUCUAUGACAUGCUGAAUGCGUUGGCUGCCUACCAUGCCCCUGAUGAAGCAGAUAAAUCUGAACCCAAAGUGAAUACUACUAAUCAGGAAGUGAGCCAGAUUCUACAAGACAUGGGAGAUGAUGUGUAUCAGCAAUACCGCUCUUUGACUCGCCAGAGUAGUGAUUUCGAUUCUCAGACUGGCUUUGGCAUCAAUGCUCAAGUCUUUGCUGCUGAUAGUGCAGCCUCUGAGAUUCCUCAGUCUGGAACUCCGCAAGGUGACGCUUCUACGCCUGAAGAAUCUAGAGAAAAUAAGAAGGAUAAGGAUGGUGAUAAAGCUGCAGAGGAGAACAAGCAAAAGGCUAAGGGGAGCAAGCCACUUAUGCCUACCUCUACUAUUCUGCGGCUCCUGGCAGAGCUUGUGCGCUCAUAUGUGGGCAUUGCUACAUUAAUUGCAAACUACAGUUACACUGUGGGCCAGUCUGAACUUAUAAAAGAGGACUGCAGUGUUUUGGCUUUUGUCCUGGACCAUCUCCUGCCCCACACCCAGAAUGCUGAAGACAAAGAUACACCAGCCCUGGCUCGCCUCUUUCUAGCCAGCUUGGCUGCAGCAGGUAGUGGCACUGAUGCCCAGGUGGCCUUGGUGAAUGAGGUGAAGGCAGCCCUGGGCCGGGCAUUGGCCAUGGCAGAAAGCACCGAGAAACAUGCCAGGCUACAGGCAGUAAUGUGCAUCAUCAGCACCAUCAUGGAAUCCUGCCCAUCCACUUCCAGCUUCUACAGCAGCGCCACAGCCAAGACACAGCACAAUGGCAUGAACAAUAUCAUCCGCCUAUUCCUCAAGAAAGGGCUGGUCAAUGACUUGGCCAGAGUGCCCCACAGUCUUGAUCUGUCCAGUCCCAACAUGGCCAACACAGUUAAUGCUGCCUUGAAACCCCUGGAGACGUUGUCACGUAUUGUCAAUCAGCCUAGCAGUCUCUUCGGUAGCAAAAGUGCCUCAAGCAAGAGCAAGGCAGAGCAGGAUGCUCAGGGAGUAGCACGAGAUGCCAGCAGCGGUCAACAAGAUGCAGGAGAAAGUGGAGAAACAGAAGCCCCCGAGGAGGACCACGAUGUUGCGCAAGCAGAAGUAGCAGAUGGUGACAUCAUGGAUGGGGAAGCAGAGACUGACGCAGUGGUGAUUGCGGGGCAGCCUGAAGUCCUGAGCACACAAGAGAUGCAGGUUGAAAAUGAACUGGAGGAUCUGAUUGAUGAAUUACUGGAGCAAGACGGUGGCUCAGGAAAUAGUACUAUAAUAGUGGGACGAAGUGGAGAGGAUGAGUCUCAGGAGGAUGUGUUGAUGGAUGAGGCACCUUCCAAUCUGAGCCAGGCUUCCACACUACAGGCCAACAGGGAAGAUUCUAUGAAUAUCUUGGAUCCUGAAGAUGAGGAAGAGCACACACAGGAAGAAGACAGCAGUGGUAGCAAUGAGGAUGAAGAUGACAGUCAAGAUGAGGAAGAAGAGGAGGAGGAGGAAGAUGAAGACGAUCAGGAUGAUGAAGAAGGUGAAGAAGGUGAAGAAGAGGAGGAUGAUGAUGACGGCUCAGAGAUGGAGUUAGAUGAAGACUAUCCUGAUAUGAAUGCCUCCCCGCUGGUGCGUUUUGAACGCUUUGACCGUGAAGAUGACCUCAUCAUAGAAUUUGACAACAUGUUCUCCAGCGCCACGGAUAUUCCUCCAUCACCUGGCAAUAUUCCUGCCACUCACCCACUUAUGGUACGGCAUGCAGACCAUAGCUCUUUGACUUUGGGUAGCGGUUCCUCUACUACUCGAUUGGCACAAGGCAUCGGUCGCAGUCAGAGGACAUUACGACAGCUGACAGCCAAUACAGGCCAUACAAUUCAUGUGCAUUAUCCAGGCACCCGGCAGCCCAAUCCACCUCUCAUUUUGCAGAGAUUGUUGGGUCCUUCAGCAGCCGCAGACAUCCUGCAGCUAAGCAGUAGCCUUCCACUGCAGAGUCGAGGUCGUGCUCGCCUCCUGGUAGGCAAUGAUGAUGUACACAUAAUUGCUCGCUCGGAUGAUGAGUUGCUGGAUGAGUUCUUUCAUGACCAGAGCACAGCUACCAGCCAGGCAGGAACUUUGUCAAGCAUCCCAACUGCCUUGACACGCUGGACGGAAGAAUGCAAAGUACUUGAUGCGGAAAGCAUGCAUGAUUGUGUUUCAGUGGUCAAAGUUCCCAUUAUCAACCACCUGGAAGCCUUGAGGGAUGAAGAGCUAGAGGAAAGAAGAGAGAAAAGACGCAAGCAAUUGGCGGAGGAAGAGGCCAAAGUGUCAGAUAAGGCCAAAGAUUCAGAAGACAAGGAGCAGAAUCCUCAGGGACCAGUGCCACAGUCAAACAAUUCAGCUGAGCAAAAUCUUCCAGAUGGUGCCACCCAUCCCGACGGCUACCCCGCAGUCUCAGCUGCUGCCAAAGACACCUCGGCUGGCCCUAAGCAGACUCUGGUCACAUUGGAGAGCCCCCAGCAGCAACAGCAACAAGCAACAGGGGCAGGAGAGCUCCCUUCGGAGCUGGUGGGGCAGUCCACUGCUCAGGCUUCUGGGCAACUGCUGAUGCCAGUGGAGCAGGAGGACUCGGGCCCCGGGAGGCUGAGCACAGACGCUGAGGCCACGCAGAUGGAGCUUUCACCUGCCCCCACCAUCACUUCACUCUCUCCAGAGAGAGCUGAAGACUCAGAUGCCUUGACUGCUGUCAGCAGCCAGUUGGAGGGCUCACCCAUGGACACCAGCAGCCUGGCUUCAUGCAAUCUGGAAGAAGGCGUGGCGGAGAGUGGUGGAGCUAGCACCGUGGAACAGGCAGCUACAGAUGCUGUGGUGGCAGCAACCGAUGCAACCCAACAAGGGCCAAACGCCCAUACUGCUAGGGAGGGACAGCCUGAUCCCAGCCAGCAGGUGGAUGAUGGCUCCCCACCUGCCUCCUCCUCUGAGAGCUCCUCCACCAGAGAUUCAGCUGUAGCCAUUUCUGGUGCUGAUUCUCGGGGCAUCUUGGAAGAGCCACUGCCUUCCACCAGCAGUGAAGAGGAAGAUCCUUUGGCAGGAAUAAAUCUUCCUGAAGGUGUCGACCCAUCUUUUUUGGCUGCCCUGCCUGAUGACAUUCGACGUGAAGUGCUGCAGAAUCAGUUGGGUAUCCGGCCUCCUGCCCGUUCGGCCCCUACCACCACAGCCACAACUCCUACCCCUCCUGUAGUGGGCAAUCCUGGUGUGACAGAAGUCAGUCCUGAGUUCUUAGCUGCUUUGCCCCCAGCUAUCCAGGAAGAGGUGUUGGCACAGCAGCGGGCAGAACAGCAAAGGCGUGAGCUUGCCCAAAGCACAAGUUCAGACACACCCAUGGAUCCAGUGACUUUCAUUCAAACACUGCCAUCAGAUCUGCGGCGCAGUGUGCUGGAAGACAUGGAGGAUAGUGUAUUGGCAGUCAUGCCUCCUGAUAUUGCUGCUGAGGCACAGGCUCUGAGGCGAGAACAAGAAGCACGCCAGCGUCAACUAAUGCAUGAGCGUCUGUUUGGCCACUCUAGCACUUCUGCCUUGUCUGCUAUUUUGCGUAGCCCAGCCUUCACAAGCCGAUUGAGUGGAAACAGAGGUGUCCAGUAUACACGCUUAGCUGUACAAAGAGGAGGUACCUUCCAGAUGGGUGGUAGCAGCAGCCACAGCAGACCAUCAGGCAGCAAUGUAGACAGUCUGCUGCGUUUGCGUGGACGCCUUCUACUGGACCAUGAGGCCUUGUCCUGUCUGUUGGUCCUGCUUUUUGUUGACGAGCCAAAGCUGAACACAAGCCGGCUUCAUCGGGUGUUGCGGAAUCUUUGUUAUCAUGCACAGACACGAAACUGGGUGAUUCGAAGCCUACUUUCCAUCCUGCAGCGCAGCAGUGAGAGCGAACUGUGUGUGGAGACACCCAAGGGGACUGUUGCACCAGAUGAUAAAGGCAAAAGGGCAGCCAAAGGCUGUGGUCCGGACAGCCGGCCACUUGACCUGCUGCAUAAAAUGGAAUCCAAAAGCUCAGGGCAACUUUCUUGGCUCUCAGUUUCCAUGGAUGCAGCUCUGGGUUGUAGAACCAACAUCUUCCAGAUCCAACGAGCUGGAGGCCGCAAGCACACGGAGAAGCAUGCUGCUGCUGGUUCCACGGUUCACAUACAUCCACAGGCUGCCCCAGUGGUCUGCCGCCAUGUACUUGAUACUCUUAUCCAACUUGCCAAGGUGAAGGUGUUUCCAAGUCACUUCACACAGCAGCGGACCAAAGAGACCAACUGUGAAAAUGAGCGGGAGCGUGGUAAUAAGCAGUCAAGCAGUCCUUGCCCAGGUCAAAUGGGCACAAGUGGCAUCUCCACGGACUUCUGGGACUUGUUGGUCAAACUGGAUAACAUGAAUGUAAGCCGCAAGGGCAAGAACUCCAUCAAAUCUGUGCCUGUGAGCUCUGGCUCAGAAGGGGAGAGCUCCCCCUACAGCUUGGAAGCCUCUCCACUGGGCCAGCUGAUGAACAUGCUGUCCCACCCAGUUAUCAGACGGAGCUCUCUGCUGACUGAAAAGCUGCUGCGCCUGCUGUCUCUCAUCUCCAUUGCUCUUCCUGAGAACAAGAAUGCAGCUGAGGGGGCAACCAGUUACAUUGUUCCUAAUGCAGCCAGCACCCCAGCCCCUGCCUCUACCCCUGCUCCCACUCCUGCCCCUGCUCCUGCCCCUCUCCCAGUCCCAGUCCCUGUUCCUGCUUCUGCAUUGGCAGCGGCAGCUGUAGCUGCAACUGCUGCUUCAAUCGCCGCUUCUGGGGCUACUGCCACAGUAACUACCACGUCAACCGUUCCAGCUGCUGUGUCCACUAUCGCAAAACCAAGCAAAUCUCCAGCCAAGGUGGGCGAAGGAGGAGGUGGUGGAGGUGGGACUGAUAGCAAAAUGGCAGCUUCAGGCUUAACGGAGAACCAGCUUCAGCUGUCCGUGGAGGUGUUGACAUCUCACUCUUGCUCUGAAGAAGGCCUGGAAGAUGCUGCCAAUGUUCUCUUGCAACUGUCGCGAGGUGACCCAACCACACGUGAUACUGUGCUGAAGCUCCUGCUUAACGGGGCCCGGCAACUGGGUUACACCCUUUGCAAACAAAUAGGUACACUGUUGGCAGAGCUGCGAGAAUACAAUUUAGAGCAGCAGCGUCGAGCGCAGUGUGAGUCUCUGUCACCAGAUGGGCUCCCAGAGGAGCAGCCUCAGACCACCAAAUUGAAAGGCAAGAUGCAGAGUCGGUUUGACAUUGCUGAAAACGUGGUGAUUGUGGCCUCACAGAAACGUCCCCUGGGUGGUCGGGAGCUCCAGCUACCCUCAAUGUCUAUGCUGACCUCUAAAACCUCCACGCAGAAGUUCUUCUUAAGGGUGCUGCAGGUCAUCAUCCAAUUGCGGGAUGACACACGCCGUGCCAACAAAAAGGCAAAACAGACAGGCAGGCUAGGUACUUCCGGUCUGGGCUCAGUUAGCAGCAUCCAGGCCGCUGUUCGGCAGCUGGAGGCUGAGGCUGACGCCAUUAUACAAAUGGUACGUGAGGGUCAGAGGGCCCGGAGGCAGCAGCAAGCAACAACGUCGGAGUCAAACCAAGCAGAGGGAUCUGCAAGGAGAGAUGAAUCCCCAAUGGAUGUGGAUCAGCCAUCACCCACCACACAAGACACCCAGUCAGUUGUGUUGGAAGGGGCCCAGCAGGGUGAGAAGGAGAAAGAAGAGCGCCCUCCAGAUCUUCCUUUGCUCAGUGAGCAGCUUAGUCUGGAUGAAUUGUGGGACAUGUUGGGCGAGUGUCUGAAAGAGCUGGAAGAAUCCCAUGACCAACACGCUGUGCUUGUGCUACAGCCUGCAGUGGAGGCCUUCUUUUUGGUGCAUGCGACAGAGCGAGAAAGCAAGCCACCAGUACGCGACACUCGGGAAAGUCAGCUGGCUCAUAUCAAGGAUGAACCCCCGCCACUUUCACCUGCCCCACUGACACCAGCAACACCCUCUUCCCUUGACCCCUUUUUCUCCCGUGAGCCUUCAUCCAUGCAUAUCUCCUCCAGCCUUCCCCCAGACACCCAGAAAUUCCUCCGUUUUGCAGAGACACAUCGGACCGUGCUGAACCAGAUCCUGCGCCAGUCUACUACCCACCUGGCUGACGGUCCCUUUGCGGUCCUUGUUGAUUACAUACGAGUGCUGGACUUUGAUGUCAAACGGAAGUAUUUCCGGCAAGAAUUGGAAAGGUUGGAUGAGGGGCUGAGGAAAGAAGAUAUGGCUGUGCAUGUGCGUCGAGAUCACGUCUUUGAAGAUUCUUACCGGGAAUUGCAUCGCAAAUCACCUGAAGAAAUGAAAAACAGGCUGUACAUAGUAUUUGAAGGAGAAGAAGGCCAGGAUGCUGGAGGCUUGCUACGUGAGUGGUACAUGAUAAUCUCACGGGAGAUGUUUAACCCGAUGUAUGCGCUUUUCCGCACGUCGCCCGGUGAUCGGGUUACCUACACCAUCAAUCCUUCUUCCCACUGUAACCCCAACCACCUGAGUUACUUCAAGUUUGUCGGGCGCAUUGUGGCAAAGGCAGUAUAUGACAAUCGGUUACUAGAAUGCUACUUCACCCGUUCCUUCUACAAGCAUAUCCUGGGCAAAUCAGUCAGGUACACAGAUAUGGAGAGUGAGGAUUACCAUUUCUACCAGGGACUGGUCUAUCUCUUGGAGAAUGAUGUCUCCACACUGGGCUAUGAUCUCACCUUCAGCACUGAGGUUCAAGAAUUUGGUGUAUGUGAGGUACGUGACCUCAAGCCCAAUGGGGCCAACAUUCUUGUGACUGAAGAAAACAAGAAGGAAUACGUGCACUUGGUGUGUCAGAUGAGAAUGACAGGGGCAAUCCGCAAGCAGCUGGCUGCCUUUUUGGAGGGCUUCUAUGAGAUUAUCCCCAAGCGCCUCAUCUCCAUCUUCACUGAACAGGAGCUGGAGCUUCUAAUUUCGGGGCUACCUACCAUUGAUAUUGAUGACCUGAAAUCCAAUACAGAGUAUCACAAGUAUCAGGCAAACUCCAUCCAGAUCCAGUGGUUCUGGCGAGCACUGCGUUCCUUUGAUCAGGCUGACAGAGCGAAGUUCCUGCAGUUCGUCACUGGCACAUCCAAGGUGCCCUUGCAGGGCUUUGCUGCCCUAGAGGGCAUGAAUGGUAUCCAGAAAUUUCAGAUCCACAGAGAUGACCGCUCAACAGACAGACUGCCUUCUGCUCACACGUGUUUCAACCAGCUGGACCUCCCUGCCUAUGAAAGCUAUGAGAAACUGCGUCACAUGCUGCUACUGGCCAUCCAGGAAUGCUCAGAAGGCUUUGGCCUGGCAUAAGGGUGGCUCCAGCUGCCAUAUUUUUCUACUGUCAGACUUGGGGAGCAACGGGAGGGAGUGGAACCAAGCGAUGCUCCUCCUCCUUUUCCAACCACCUGUGUGUGUGUGCGUGCCCUGCUGCCCCCUUACUGAAGAGAGCCACAGAACCCCAGCCGUCAUUGGAGGCGGAGCAGGUGCAACCCGGAGAGAGAAAGACAAAUUAUAUAUACAAAUAUAUAUAUAUUUUUUGGUUUAGUUUGCAUUUCUUAAUUUGUGCUUGGAAUGUGUUGAUUAGGCGGCGGGAGGGAGCAUUUGGAUUCUUUUGUUGGUCUCUUUCCUUGGCACCCAUUUGCUGCUGGAAGGGAACCUAAGGUUUAAAAAAAUUCCAAAAAAGGAAAAAAAAUAAAAGCCCACUCUUGAUAA